GCAUAAGCACAGCAGAUUCUGGAAAGGUCUCUUUGUUUUCUUGUCCACAGAGAAAGCAAGAAAAAAAUUGUAACUAAUUUGCAAAUCUUUGUGGCCAACAUCUGAAGAACUGCUGGGGAAGGCACAUUAUAUUCUAACCAUCUUGGAUGCUGGGCUUUGUUAUGCUAUGAUUCCUAAGGCUCUGUAUCAGGUCAUGGAGCAAGAAAGCUGAAGCCAAGCCACAUCACAGUUAUUCUGCAAUGAGAUAUGUGCCCAGGAUUCAUGGAAGAGUGGCUUACUGGAAAAAAAACCACAGAACCUCUUCUAGGGAUAUUAUAAGAAUAAAUGAGCUAAUUUCCAGAAGGGGCCUGGAGCAUUUCUGGAAAAAGGUGCUGUGACUAUCAAAGAUAAUUCUUAUGCAAGAAGCUAAACGUAAUUAAAUGUACAGGAUGAAAAGAUGGCACAGGCACUGCUGGUACCCCCAGGACCUGAAAGCUUCCGCCUUUUUACUAGAGAAUCUCUUGCUGCUAUCGAAAAACGUGCUGCAGAAGAGAAAGCCAAGAAACCCAAAAAAGAACAAGACAAUGAUGAUGAGAACAAACCAAAGCCAAACAGUGACUUGGAAGCUGGAAAGAACCUUCCAUUUAUUUAUGGAGACGUUCCUCCAGAGAUGGUGUCAGAGCCCCUGGAGGACCUGGACCCCUACUAUAUCAACAAGAAAACUUUUAUAGUAUUGAAUAAAGGGAAGGCAAUUUUCCGAUUCAGUGCCACCUCUGCCUUGUACAUUUUAACUCCGCUAAACCCUGUUAGGAAAAUUGCUAUUAAGAUUUUAGUACACUCUUUAUUCAGCAUGCUUAUCAUGUGCACUAUUUUGACCAACUGUGUAUUUAUGACCUUGAGUAACCCUCCAGAUUGGACAAAGAAUGUCGAAUACACAUUUACUGGAAUUUAUACCUUUGAGUCACUUAUAAAAAUAUUGGCAAGAGGGUUUUGCUUAGAAGACUUUACAUUCCUUCGUGACCCAUGGAACUGGCUGGAUUUCAGUGUCAUUGUGAUGGCAUAUGUGACAGAGUUUGUGGACCUGGGCAAUGUCUCAGCGUUGAGAACAUUCAGAGUUCUCCGAGCACUGAAAACUAUUUCAGUCAUCCCAGGCUUAAAGACCAUUGUGGGGGCGCUGAUCCAGUCGGUGAAGAAGCUCUCUGAUGUCAUGAUCCUGACUGUGUUCUGUCUGAGCGUGUUUGCUUUAAUUGGGUUGCAGCUGUUCAUGGGCAACCUGCGGAAUAAAUGUUUGCAAUGGCCCCCAAGCAGUUCUGCUUUUGAAACCAACACCACUACCUAUUUUAAUGGCACAAUGGAUUCAAAUGGGACAUUUAUUAAUGUAACAAUGAGCACAUUUAAUUGGAAGGAUUACAUUGGAGAUGACAGUCAUUUUUAUGUUUUGGAUGGACAAAAAGAUCCUUUGCUGUGUGGAAAUGGCUCAGAUGCAGGCCAGUGUCCAGAAGGAUACAUCUGUGUGAAGGCUGGUCGAAAUCCCAACUAUGGCUACACAAGCUUUGACACCUUUAGCUGGGCUUUUUUAUCUCUAUUUCGACUCAUGACUCAAGACUACUGGGAGAAUCUUUAUCAGUUGACAUUACGCGCUGCUGGGAAAACCUACAUGAUAUUCUUUGUCCUAGUCAUUUUCUUGGGUUCUUUCUACCUGGUGAAUUUGAUCCUGGCUGUGGUGGCCAUGGCCUACGAGGAACAGAAUCAGGCCACGCUGGAAGAGGCUGAACAGAAAGAGGCAGAAUUUCAGCAGAUGCUUGAACAGCUGAAAAAGCAGCAGGAAGAAGCUCAGGCAGUUGCAGCUGCAUCUGCUGCUUCACGCGAUUUCAGUGGGAUAGGUGGGUUAGGAGAGCUCUUGGAAAGUUCUUCUGAAGCAUCCAAGUUAAGCUCCAAAAGUGCCAAGGAGUGGAGGAACCGAAGGAAGAAAAGAAGACAGAGGGACCAUCCUGAAGGAAACAACAGAGGAGAGAGAGACAGGUUUCCCAAGUCAGAAUCAGAAGACAGUGUCAAAAGGAGAAGCUUCCUUUUCUCCAUGGAUGGAAACCGGCUGACUGGUGACAAGAAGUUCUGCUCCCCUCACCAGUCUCUGUUGAGCAUCCGUGGCUCCCUGUUUUCCCCAAGACGCAACAGCAAAACAAGCAUUUUCAGCUUCAGAGGACGGGCCAAGGAUGUGGGAUCUGAGAAUGACUUCGCUGAUGAUGAGCACAGCACCUUUGAAGACAGCGAGAGCAGGAGAGACUCACUGUUUGUGCCGCCCAGACAUGGAGAGCGACGCAACAGUAACGUUAGUCAGGCCAGUAUGUCAUCCAGGAUGGUGCCAGGGCUUCCAGCAAAUGGGAAGAUGCACAGCACUGUGGAUUGCAAUGGUGUGGUUUCCUUGGGCACCACCACGGAGACAGAAGUCAGAAAAAGAAGGCUAAGUUCUUACCAGAUUUCACUGGAAAUGCUGGAGGAUUCCUCUGGAAGGCAGAGAGCCAUGAGCAUAGCCAGCAUCCUGACCAACACGAUGGAGGAACUUGAAGAAUCUAGACAGAAAUGUCCGCCAUGCUGGUAUAGAUUUGCCAAUGUGUUCUUAAUCUGGGAUUGCUGCGAUGCAUGGUUGAAAGUAAAGCAUCUUGUGAAUUUAAUUGUUAUGGAUCCAUUUGUGGAUCUUGCCAUCACUAUUUGCAUUGUCUUAAAUACUCUCUUUAUGGCCAUGGAACACUACCCCAUGACUGAUCAAUUCAGUAGUGUGUUGACUGUAGGGAACCUGGUCUUCACUGGGAUCUUCACAGCAGAAAUGGUUCUCAAGAUUAUUGCUAUGGACCCUUAUUAUUAUUUUCAAGAGGGCUGGAAUAUCUUUGAUGGAAUUAUUGUCAGCCUGAGUUUAAUGGAACUUGGUCUGGCAAAUGUGGAGGGAUUAUCUGUACUACGAUCAUUCAGACUGCUCCGAGUCUUCAAGUUGGCAAAAUCCUGGCCCACACUGAACAUGCUGAUAAAGAUCAUUGGCAAUUCCGUGGGGGCUCUGGGGAACCUCACCUUGGUGUUGGCCAUCAUCGUCUUCAUCUUUGCCGUGGUUGGCAUGCAGCUCUUUGGCAAGAGCUACAAAGAAUGUGUCUGCAAGAUCAACAACGACUGUAAACUCCCACGCUGGCACAUGAACGACUUCUUCCACUCCUUCCUGAUCGUGUUCCGCGUGCUGUGUGGAGAGUGGAUAGAGACCAUGUGGGACUGUAUGGAGGUCGCUGGCCAAACCAUGUGCCUUAUUGUUUUCAUGUUGGUCAUGGUCAUUGGAAACCUUGUGGUUCUGAACCUCUUUCUGGCCUUACUGUUGAGUUCAUUUAGCUCAGACAACCUUGCUGCUACUGAUGAUGAUAAUGAAAUGAACAAUCUCCAGAUUGCUAUAGGAAGAAUGCAAAAGGGAAUCGAUUAUAUGAAGAAUAAGAUACGGGAGUGUUUCCGAAAAGCCUUUUUUCGAAAGCCAAAAGUUAUAGAAAUCCAUGAAGGCAACAAAAUAGACAGCUGCAUGUCCAAUAACACUGCAAUUGAGAUAAGCAAAGAGCUUAAUUACCUGAAAGAUGGGAAUGGAACCACCAGUGGUGUGGGUACGGGAAGCAGUGUUGAAAAGUACGUAAUUGAUGAAAACGAUUAUAUGUCAUUCAUCAACAACCCCAGUCUAACUGUAACAGUGCCAAUUGCUGUUGGAGAGUCCGACUUUGAAAACCUAAAUACUGAAGAGUUCAGCAGUGAGUCAGAACUAGAAGAAAGCAAAGAGAAAUUAAAUGCAACCAGCUCAUCUGAAGGAAGCACAGUUGAUGUUGCUCCACCGCGGGAAGGUGAGCAAGCUGAAACUGAACCUGAGGAAGACCUUAAGCCCGAAGCUUGUUUCACUGAAGGAUGUAUUAAAAAGUUCCCCUUUUGUCAAGUUAGUACGGAGGAAGGCAAAGGAAAAAUCUGGUGGAACCUUCGGAAAACCUGCUACAGCAUUGUUGAACACAACUGGUUUGAGACUUUCAUCGUCUUCAUGAUACUUCUCAGUAGUGGUGCUUUGGCUUUUGAAGACAUAUAUAUUGAACAGAGAAAGACGAUCAAAACCAUGUUAGAAUAUGCUGACAAGGUCUUCACUUAUAUAUUCAUUCUGGAAAUGCUUCUCAAAUGGGUGGCUUAUGGAUUUCAAACAUAUUUCACUAAUGCCUGGUGCUGGCUAGAUUUCUUGAUUGUUGAUGUUUCAUUGGUUAGCCUGGUAGCCAAUGCUCUUGGCUACUCAGAACUUGGUGCCAUCAAAUCCCUACGGACACUACGAGCUUUAAGACCCUUAAGAGCCUUAUCCCGGUUUGAAGGAAUGAGGGUAGUUGUGAAUGCCCUAGUUGGAGCAAUUCCCUCCAUUAUGAAUGUGCUUCUGGUUUGUCUCAUCUUCUGGCUGAUCUUUAGCAUCAUGGGUGUGAAUCUGUUUGCUGGCAAGUUCUACCACUGUGUUAACAUGACAACUGGUAACAUGUUUGAAGUUAGUGAAGUCAACAACUUGAGCGAUUGUCAGGCCCUAGGCAAGCAAGCUCGGUGGAAAAAUGUGAAAGUAAAUUUUGAUAAUGUUGGUGCUGGUUAUCUUGCAUUACUUCAAGUGGCCACAUUUAAAGGCUGGAUGGAUAUUAUGUAUGCAGCUGUUGAUUCGCGAGAUGUUAAACUUCAGCCUGUAUAUGAAGAAAAUCUAUAUAUGUACUUGUACUUUGUCAUCUUUAUCAUCUUUGGAUCAUUCUUCACUCUAAAUCUAUUCAUUGGUGUCAUCAUAGAUAACUUCAACCAGCAGAAAAAGAAGUUUGGAGGUCAAGAUAUAUUUAUGACAGAGGAACAGAAAAAAUAUUACAAUGCAAUGAAGAAACUUGGAUCCAAGAAACCUCAGAAACCUAUACCUCGGCCUUCAAAUAAAUUCCAAGGAAUGGUCUUUGAUUUUGUAACCAGACAAGUCUUUGAUAUCAGCAUUAUGAUCCUCAUCUGCCUCAAUAUGGUCACCAUGAUGGUAGAAACAGAUGACCAGAGCAAAUAUAUGACCCUAGUUUUGUCCCGGAUCAACCUUGUGUUCAUUGUCCUGUUCACUGGAGAGUUUGUGCUGAAGCUCGUCUCACUCAGAUACUACUACUUCACAAUAGGCUGGAACAUCUUUGACUUUGUGGUGGUGAUUCUCUCCAUCGUGGGAAUGUUUCUCGCUGAGCUGAUAGAGAAGUACUUUGUGUCCCCUACCCUGUUCCGAGUGAUCCGUCUUGCCAGGAUUGGCAGAAUCCUUCGUCUGAUCAAAGGAGCAAAGGGGAUCCGCACACUGCUCUUUGCUUUGAUGAUGUCCCUUCCCGCCUUGUUUAACAUCGGCCUCCUGCUCUUCCUGGUCAUGUUCAUCUACGCCAUCUUUGGAAUGUCCAACUUUGCCUAUGUUAAAAAGGAAGCUGGAAUUAAUGACAUGUUCAACUUUGAGACCUUUGGCAAUAGCAUGAUCUGCCUGUUCCAAAUCACCACCUCUGCUGGCUGGGAUGGACUACUGGCGCCUAUUCUCAACAGUGCACCUCCUGACUGUGACCCUGACACAAUCCACCCUGGAAGUUUAGUGAAGGGUGACUGUGGGAACCCAUCUGUUGGGAUUUUCUUUUUUGUCAGUUACAUCAUCAUUUCCUUUCUGGUGGUGGUGAACAUGUACAUCGCUGUCAUCCUUGAGAACUUCAGCGUUGCCACGGAAGAGAGUGCAGAGCCCCUGAGCGAGGAUGACUUUGAGAUGUUCUAUGAGGUUUGGGAGAAGUUUGACCCUGAUGCAACUCAGUUCAUAGAGUUUGCCAAGCUCUCUGAUUUUGCAGCUGCCCUGGAUCCCCCUCUCCUCAUAGCAAAACCAAACAAAGUGCAGCUCAUUGCCAUGGACCUGCCCAUGGUCAGUGGAGACCGGAUCCACUGCCUGGACAUCUUAUUUGCCUUUACAAAGCGGGUUUUGGGUGAGAGUGGAGAGAUGGAUGCCCUGCGAAUACAGAUGGAAGAUCGAUUCAUGGCAUCGAAUCCCUCCAAAGUGUCCUACGAGCCCAUCACAACCACUCUGAAACGCAAACAGGAGGAGGUGUCUGCUGCUAUCAUUCAGCGUAAUUUCAGAUGUUAUCUUUUAAAGCAAAGGUUAAAAAACAUAUCAAGUAAAUAUAACAAAGAGACAAUCAAAGGAAGGAUUGACUUAGCUAUAAGAGAUGACAUGGUUAUUGACAAAUUAAAUGGGAAUUCCACCCCAGAAAAAACAGAUGGAAGUUCCUCUACCACCUCUCCUCCUUCUUACGAUAGUGUAACAAAACCAGACAAGGAAAAGUUUGAAAAAGACAAGGCGGAAAAAGAAAGCAAAGGGAAAGAGGUCAGAGAAAAUCAAAAGUAAAAAGAAACAAAGAAAGAUCUUUGUAAUCAAUUGUUUACAGCCUAUGAAGGUAAAUGUGUCAUCUGGACUCCCAGAGGAGAUCCACGCCAAACUGACUGUUUCAACAAAUACUCAUGGUCAGUGCCUAUACAAGACAGCAACCUCUCUGUCACUGCAACUCUGUGAGGCAGGGUACCAACACUGACAGGAGGUCACUGCUCUCAUUACCAGCUGACACUGCUGAGGAGAACUUAAUGACUACCUAGACUAUAGGAAUACUUGUGCUAAGUGAUCAUUGUAACUACACCAAACACCUUUAGUACAAUACUCGCAUCCACUCUAUUUUUAACUUCCAUAUCUGCCAUAUUUUUACAAAAUUUCUUCUAGUGAAUUUCUCUGAUCCCUGAUUCAUAGUUUAUUCAUACUACUGUGUCACUAUUUUUGUAAAUGAAGUUUAUGUUGUGGGAAAGGUAUAUAAGAGCCCGGUGUUCCUACUCUAGAAAUCUCUGAAAUACUCAGACAAAAAUAUUAUGCCAGAGAGAUGAAAUUCUUGCUCAGAACCAGAAAAAAUUUUAAUGCUAACAAUUUCAAAUACUUCCAUUUUCUAACUGGCUUUAAUUUUAAAGGUGUUUAGUCUAUUAUGUUUGUUUAUAUCUGAACAGUUAUGUGCCUGUAAAGUCUCCUCUAAUAUUUAAAGGAUUAUUUUUAUGCAAAGUAUUCUGUUUCAGCAAGUGCAAAUUUUAUUCUAAGUUCCAGAGCUCUAUAUUUAAUUUUGGUUAAAUGCUUUCCAAAAAAAGUAAUCUAAUAAAUCCUAAUAAAUCUGUUUUAGAAAAGUAUAUCUAAAAUAUCACUUUAGAAUAGUGGUUCCACUAUCUGCUGCAAUAUUGCUUUGCCAUUUUCUGCUCUCAGCAAAGCUGACAGUUUAUGUCAAAUACCCUCUGUUAUGUAAAUAUUUAUUUUAUUCUGUGGUGCAUGUUUGGAGAUAUAUAUAUAUAUAUAUAUAUCCCAGUAAACAACUUUUAUUAAAUCAAAUAUGUACCACAGUGUAUGUGUCUUUUGCGAGCUUCCAACAGGGGUGUAUCCUGUACCAUUCAUUAUACAUAACUAGUUUGAAGGCUAUCACUAAUGCAUGUUAAUAUUGCCUAUGCUGCUCUAUUUUAUUGAAUCCAUUCUUCAAAAGUCUUAGUUAGAAGAAGUCACAUAUUGAUGGUAGAAUGAAUUCAACAAAUUUAAUGUCUCCAUGUCCAGCAGAAUAGUUUGAAGUUAUUCAAAAACACCUUUACUUUUGCAUUUUAAAUUCAACCUGAAGAUCAUAUGGUAUCUUUCUUGAUUUCAAGGACACACACCACAUGCAGCCUAUUGUCAAAACGUUUACUUCAUAUUUUGCUAAAAAUAUGUCCAAAACUUGUUCAAAUAUAAAUAAUGUAAAAAUAUGAUCAAUUUUAU